UUACCACCAUUGCCAUGGCAACCUCAAAGAGUAUCCCAGAAGCACGUGCUCCAUCUCUCAUUGGCUUGCGUCCCAAACCCGCGUGAGGGUCGGGGGCGAGCGUGCGCGUAACCAUAACGACGCCCAAGCAUGCACGAUUCCGUAUUAAAAACUCUACACGUUAGAGCUGACCCGAGCAAACCGGACUGCACCGGCACCCGGCUGUUUAACGGCCCUGUCCCAAACAUGUCAGUGCUCUACAGCAGGGCUGCAGCUCCAACACACUCCAUCUGCAACCCAAAGUGCGCCUUGAUAGGAAGGAGCUGGUGAUUUGGAGCUCAUUCGUUUUGUGAUUCUCUGUAAGCCCUGAAGCUGCUCAGGCAGAACAACUCAAAGGGUCUCACUUUCUAAGGAGUGAUGUUCACUCUGUCAGAGCUCUGGUCUGUUACUGAGAGACAGGGUCACUAUAAGCUGCUGAAGCCAUGGUGGGAGGUCUUUAUGGACUAUUUGGUGCUCCUCAUGCUCAUGGUGUCAAUCCUAGCUGGGACUCUGUUACUGUCACAAGACGGGGUGGUGUGUGUCCCUGUAUGCUCCACCUCAAGCAACUCCACCGAUUCUUUCGGAAUUCACUCGGAUCCUGUCACAUCUCAUACUGCAUCAAGUGUCCCUAUACCCAAGAGUCUGGCUAAAGGCAUUCGGACUGACCUUGACUACCAGCAGUACGUCUAUGUGAGCGCUGUAUGCUACCACGAGGCUCUGCCGUGGUUCUCACGCUUCCUGCCCUAUGUUACCUUACUGCAAUCAUUGCUACUCUUGGCUAGUGGUUCUUUCUGGUUCCACUUUCCGCUCACCUCAGCUCGUAUUGAGCACUUUUUAACCAUCCUUGCCAAGUGCUGUGAGUCUCCUUGGACCUCCAGGGCACUUUCCCAUGCUGCCAAGCUAGACAGAGCACAUCACAGUCACCCUUCAGAAGAGGACAAAGUGACAAGGACCCAAGUGCCUCACAUACCUAAAUUUUUUACUCGAAAGUCUAGCCUAGACUCAGGGACUGACAGCCCCCUUUUAGCCAGGGCAGGCAAUACCUCCGCCCAGCCUUCCCCAUGUCCAUCUAAUUUGUCUCACUGCUCUACAUCAUCCUCUCUGUCAAUGGUAGAACCUGCUUCCCUGCAUAAGGUAGCUACUGUUCUUCCAGAAAGAUCUAGCACAGGACCAACACUGGACCGGAGUGAUGGAGAACAGGCCAGAGCUCUGUUUGAGAGAGUCCGCAGGUUCAGGGCCCACUGUGAAAGCUCCAAUAUCAUUUACAAGGUGUACACAGCUCAGACCGUCUUCAAAGUGCUGAAGUUCAUUGUGAUCGUAAGCUACACCAUACCUCUGCUGGGCUCCAUCUCUUUCACCCACACCUGCCAGCCCCAUUCCCAAGCUUUAACAGGAUACAGGACCUUCCAGUGCAGCCACCUGCUAUCAUCUGUCCUGCGCAAGCUAAUGAAAGCCUACGUCUGUCUCAUGGGCCUUUAUGGCCUGCUGGGUGUUUACACCCUUUUCUGGAUUUUCCACAAGUCUCUGAGACAGUACUCAUUCCAACAACUGCACGAAAUAGGUUCCAUGUUGGACGCUCCAGACCUGUGUAAUGACCUGGCCUUCUUGUUACACAUGACGGAUCAGUACGACCCCCUGCUGGCUCAGCGUCUCUCGGUUUUCCUGUCUCCUGUCAGCGAGACUCGGCUGAUGGAGGAGAACUUGGAUCGUCGCUGGAACGCCACUCGUCUGCGCUCGAUGAUAACCUCUGAUCACAAAGGGCGCCCCCUGCUGCAGCUGGUGGCUGUUCCACACCUCCCUCCUGCUCUCUUCACCCUGAGCCAGCUGGAAGUGCUAAAGCUGGAGUUAAUUGGAGAUGCUAAGCUAACAUCACAGAUCUCCAAUAUGACUGCCUUAAGGGAGCUUCAUUUGUACCACUGCUCAGCUACAGUGGAGUCUGGUGCUCUUACGGUCCUCCGGGAGCGUCUAGAAUCUCUGCACCUCACCUUCACCCAAGCUGCAGAGGUGCCUGGCUGGAUGUAUUCAUUGCGCAACCUGCAGGAGCUCCACCUGAGUGGACGAGUGGCCAGUGAGGGCACGAUUGGGCGUGGCUGGGCACUGGGCAGUCUACGCUAUCUACGUCACCUUCGGGUCCUCACAUUACGUGGCACGCUCCAGAGAAUCCCAUCAGAACUGAGCGAGGUUUCAGGCAGCUUGCUGCAUUUAGAGAUCCACAACGAAGGUGCCAGGUUGUUGGUGCUAACGGGUCUGCGACGUCUGGUGGGAUUGACUGAACUGGUGCUGCAGGGAUGCCAACUCGAGAGAUUACCUUCUGCUUUGCUAGCUCUGACAGGAUUACGCAGUUUGGACCUGCAGCACAACAGCCUGAGGACAUUGGAGGAACUGCUAGGCCUGCAGCAUCUGAGGCGUCUUUCCUGCCUACGGUUGGCCCACAAUCGCAUACUGGCUGUUCCUACCAGUGUGGGAGUUCUCCGGGCCUUGGAGCACUUGGACUUAGCACACAAUGAGCUGCGGAGUCUCCCACCAGCUCUUUUCACAAUCCAUCGACUCCGGCACCUUCUGCUGGCUGGGAACCUGCUUGAUGAGCUGCCUGCUGAAGUAGGGGCAAUCACUCACCUCGUUGAACUCGACCUGAGCAGGAACAGACUUGAGAGACUUCCAGACACUCUUUUUGCCAACUGUAAAGAGUUGCGUAUUUUGAAUUUGGCUAACAACUCCCUAGGAUUCCUGAACGUGGGAUUAGGCUCUUUGAGGCAUCUUUCCAAGCUGGAUAUACGAGGAAACAGCCUUGAGGAACUUCCAGUUGAGCUCGGUUGCUGCUCAGGGCUUCGUGGAGGUGGUUUGCUAGUGGAGAGCUGGCUGCUUCACACUUUGCCGGGUCACAUCAGGGACUUCUUGCAGCAGCCGUCCUGUGCUUCUUCCGAGGCAAAUUCCCGCCCUUGUUCGGACAUUUUCCCCGCCUUCUCCGCCACCCAGUGGAGCUUCCUUUCCUCUGUAGAAUCAAGCAUAUAGUUAAGAAGAGAUCCGAACAAUGCAUGCAACCUUUGGCUUGGCAAAUUUCUCUUGCUGAAAGCAAAACGCAGAAUUAUUGCCACAGUCUUAUGAUGCAUAAGUAAACCGAGUUCAGGAUCGAACCAGACUGAAAUGAUAACUGGGAAUAUUUAGCUCAACAUUAAAAAAUGAUUAUUAAUCACAAUUACUUCAGCAGUUUAGGAAGUGAUUUAACCACGUUAUUAUUUUUAUCAUUUUUAUAAUCAGUAAAAAAAACAUAUUUACAUAACACUGCAUAUUAUAACCCUUUACAUGGUAACUAAAUAAUGAAUACCAGAAUAAAAUGUUACCAAAUGAAGUAACUUUAGCAAAGCACGGUUAGUCGUGCUGGAAUAAUAUUGGAUAAUAUGCUGACAAAGUGAUUUAAUAGUUUGUGAUUUAAUAAUAAUGACUUUAAUAAUAUGUUUAAAAUUAGUCUUUCUAUACAGCAUCGUCGUUUACAUGCCAAUGCCGUGCCUACCCAAGAUUCUGAUGUCUGUUACAUACUGUAUCAAAUUGAAGGCUACUGAGUCGUAUUAUAUCCUAUAGCAAAGAUUCGUUCAUUUUCUAUCGCUUAUCCGAACUUCUCGGGUCACGGGGAGCCUGUGCCUAUCUCAGGCGUCAUCGGGCAUCAAGGCAGGAUACACCCUGGACGGAGUGCCAACCCAUCGCAGGGCACA